AGGGUCGGGAAGUCGGAGCGAGGCGGGAGCGCGGGCCCGGUGGCUCCGUUCCGGCGGUGACCAAGACGAUGGUGGAGUUCAAAGCACGCGGGGACGGCGUCGACCGUGGCUCUGAAGAGGAGGGAAGUAUCGGCAAUGCGGAAGCGGAUCCGACGAAGUUGCGGGAGGUCGGGAUCGGCGGGGAUGGGGCCGGAUGCGGAGGAGGAGAGAAGACGAGGAGAGCGAGCGAUGCGGACGCGCCCGUCCGCCGGAGGGGGAGGAGCUCGGCGGCGGCGGCGGCGGGGGAGGCGCGGAGGAACGUGGGGUGGGGGCGGUGGUACGGGUUGAGGGAGCUCGAGAUCGCGACGCGGGGGUUCGCGGAGGAGAACGUGGUCGGAGAAGGAGGCUACGGCGUCGUGUACGGCGGCGUCUUGACCGACGGCUCCGCGGUGGCCGUGAAGAACCUGCUCAACAAGAAGGGUCAGGCGGAGAAGGAGUUCAAGGUGGAAGUUGAAGCCAUAGGUAAAGUAAGACAUAAGAAUUUGGUUGGGCUGGUUGGUUACUGUGCUGAGGGUUCUAAAAGGAUGCUCGUAUAUGAAUACAUUGAUAAUGGGAAUUUGGAGCAAUGGUUGCAUGGUGAUGUUGGACCUGUUAGCCUUUUGACAUGGGACAUUCGGAUGAAAAUUGCAGUUGGAACAGCUAAAGGGCUAGCCUAUUUGCAUGAAGGUUUAGAACCGAAAGUAGUGCACCGGGAUAUAAAAUCUAGCAACAUUCUUCUGGACAAAGGAUGGAAUCCCAAGAUAUCAGAUUUUGGCCUCGCGAAACUUUUGGGGUCUGAGGCUAGCCACGUGACUACGCGUGUAAUGGGCACUUUUGGUUACGUUUCUCCUGAAUACGCAAGCACGGGCAUGCUUAAUGAAUGGAGUGAUGUCUACAGUUUUGGGGUUUUACUGAUGGAGAUAGUAACGGGAAGAACUCCAAUUGACUAUUCCAGACCAGCAGCAGAGAUGAGCUUGGUUGACUGGGUUAAGGGAAUGGUAGCGAGUCAUCGUGGGGAAGAUCUUGUUGAUCCCUUGAUCGCAGUUCAGCCCCCUCCUAGAGCUCUGAAGAGGGUUUUGUUGGUCUGUCUGCGGUGUAUAGACUUAGACGCCACCAAACGACCGAAGAUGGGACAAAUUGUUCACAUGCUCGAGACGGAUGAUUUCCCUUUCCGUGCUGAACACCGGCCAUCGCAAGAGAGAGAUCCACUUCCAUCGAGGGGGGUCGCGUCACAUGACAUUAAUCUUAAUAGAUCGAGGCAGAGAUGAUGCAUAUUGCUGGACUUGCGGUUUCACCGUCUUGGAGCGCAAGCCAAUUCAUACAAGAAACAGAUUCUGUGGAUAAAUUCAACGUGUAUAUAACACCAAUCUUGUAUCUCUUGUCUUGAUUCUAAUGUAUUUCACAUGUGAAUGCUGGAAAAUUCUCCCUUUUUCGUUCGACAAAACCCCUGUGAACUUUGUCGGCUCGGAAGAGACUGGGAAUUUCCUGCUGUGCAUCCAAAUUGAAUGAAAUGUAUGGCAAAGACAA